AUGAAGAUAAUCGGGCAUUUGAAAGAGCAUCCGUCCGAAAUACUGGACUUCAUGGUUAACUUCAGUUUUCUCAUCCCAGGACUUAAUGGCAAUGCGGUGAUACUGGCCCUUGAAUCAAAUCCCUGUCCGCUUCUUGGACAGCUUUUAGUAGAAUCUAUUAAUAAGGAAAUAAGCGAUCGUCGGCUUAAAUUCUUCAUAGACAUUGUUGAACAUGGUGCAUUGUACAAAGAAUUGUUUUACGAAAAUGAUCUCGAUGUGUUAUCACAUGUAGUUGCUAGAGAAUUGGGUAACUCUGAUGUUGUACAGAUUCGUUCCCGUUGCAUGGAAUGUAUCGCUCGAUUGGCAGAAAUCGGUCAUUGUGAUCGUAUGGUACGGGAGGCCGUCGAGAAUUACGAUCUCGACGAAGAAUUGCGUUUACAAACCUUGGCUGUCAUAAAUAAGCACCAAUCAUGA